CCUGACCCGCCGUAGCCACCCAAGCAUCACCAAAAUCGCAUCUCGAACCUGGUUUUUCACCAUCCACGUCAACCACCAUCCAGCGAAGCCACACCGAACCGUCGCGUCUUUAAGCUCCCAGCUUCACGCCAACCAUCUCACGGCCUCCCGACCGCACAUCAAAACUUUCACAAUGGACCACACCCGCGAUCCCUGCCCCUGGGUCAUCCUCAAUGACUUUGGCGGUGCUUUUGCUAUGGGAGCUAUCGGUGGAACGGUAUGGCACGGUAUCAAGGGCUACCGUAACUCGCCCUAUGGUGAGAGAAGAAUCGGUGCCAUCUCAGCCAUCAAGAUGCGCGCUCCCGUACUGGGAGGAAACUUUGGAGUUUGGGGAGGUCUUUUCUCAACAUUCGACUGCUCCGUAAAAAGUCUUCGUGGACACAAGGAGGAUCCUUGGAACAGUAUCGCCGCUGGUUUCCUCACAGGUGGUGCGCUAGCCAUCCGUGGAGGAUACAAGGCCGCCCGAAACGGUGCCAUUGGUUGCGCGCUGCUUCUUGCUGUCAUCGAGGGUGUCGGUAUCGGUUUCCAGAAGAUGUUCGCGGGUAGCACAAAGCUGGAGAUGCCCGCGCCUCCUCCUUCCGACGAGAGAGCUCUUGCAUAAACGAUCGAUCCUUCACGAAGCAACCAUUUUACCGACGAACGGCGUGUGAUCGAGGCGACCGCCUUGCCGACGAAAUGAAUAACUCGGACCCCUCUCUACUCCUCAACGUUCGAAGCCUGUUUUUUGUCCUUUCGACAAGGGCUCGACAAUUUGUUUUCCACAUCACAAGGGAGCGAAGCAAUUCGAUCCCGUUUUUGUAAUCCAUUGAAAAAAUCGCAACAUCGGAGAGGGUGGCGUUAUAUGUAGAAUAGGGGCAAAAAGUUUGCACCAGUCGCCUGAGACUGGACUCGAGAUGAGGGGCGGACAGCCAUCAUGAUCUUAGAGGGGGGCUUCCAACUCACCAAAGACGAAAGGCGGCUUCCGUAGGCAGCAUGGUCGGGCAAAACCUGCAUUUCUCGAUAUGGCUGGGGUUUUGGAUCCGAGGAGAGAGACAGUCUCUUCUCCCUUUUUUGACACGAGUACUGAACCUGUGUGGGAUAGAGGUGUUCAUAA